CAGAACAAACAAUACGGUUGCACUUUGGAGUGCUGGCUCUGGUUACUUAGCCUCUGACUAAAGCGUGGAAUAAAUUUGCUCUCCGCAGGCAUGGCUACAUUCUCUGUUUUUUUCUUCUUUUCGGUUCUGCUUCAGCAAAAGCUCCAGAUCUUUGCAGGGCCAGUGUUCCUGGAUAAGUGGGAGGCAGAUACUCUUUUUCAGCGGUACAGGAGGGCAAACCUAGGUGCUUUUGAGGAGUUUUUUAAAGGGAAUUUGGAAAGAGAGUGCAUAGAGGAGAAGUGUAGCGUGGAGGAGGCCAGAGAAGUCUUCGAAAAUGAUGAGAAAACAAUGGAGUUUUGGUCAAGUUAUGCUUAUGGGAACCAGUGCAAAGCAACACCAUGUAAAAACCAGGGCACAUGUGAGCACCAAAAGAGCACGUACAUAUGUCACUGUCGACCAGGUUUCACUGGACAGAACUGUGAAAUAGUGACUGCCAGGCAGUGUGAUAUUAACAACGGAGGCUGCAUGCAUUUCUGUUCCACACUGGAGACUCGUGCUGCAGUGUGCUCCUGCGCUACUGGGUACAAACUGGUUGAGGAGGUUACAUGUGUGCCUGAAGUGAAGUUUCCCUGUGGUGUUAGAGAAUUGAGCAGAAAGAUUGUUGUGAGAGCUUUAGGCUCCAAACUGCCUAACAGGACAGAACCUGAAAGUAUUGUUAGUCACAAGAAAGUUACCAUUGCUAACAAAACGAUAAGCCAAACGAAGGGAAAAAUCACCACUUCUCGUUCCAAACUACCCAUGUGGUACCAUAACAACACAGAGCAGGUCAACAACAGGACUCGCAUCAUUGGUGGAGACUCGGCAUCGCCUGGAGAAAUUCCCUGGCAGGUGGCCUUGGUGCAGCGCUCCACGCAGCAGGUGUUCUGUGGAGGAUCUAUUCUAAGCGCACAGUGGGUAAUCACUGCAGCACACUGUAUAGAAGACAGCAAGCAGAGAGAGUUCUUUAUCAGAGUAGGUGAGCACGAUGUCAGCAAGAAAGAGGACACAGAGCAGGACAUAGCAGUGGAGAAGGCCAUAAUGCACCCUCGCUAUGACCCAUCCACCAGCCUAUACAACCACGAUAUAGCUCUUGUGCGCCUUGGCCGCUCCAUCGUUUUUAACAACCAGGUGCGGUCCAUUUGCCUCGGACCCAGCAGCUUUAGCGAGAGCCUGCUUCACUCUGGCACACCGGCCACCAUUAGUGGUUGGGGCCGGCUGCUGUUUCACGGAAGAACUGCAGAAAUACUUCAGAUAGCUGACGUGCCCUAUGUGGAUCGAAGUGACUGUAAGGAGAGCAGCAGUGAGCGGAUCACACACUUCAUGUUCUGUGCUGGCUAUAAGGACGCAUCAAAGGACGCGUGUCAGGGGGACAGUGGGGGACCCCAUGUCAACCAGUAUAAAGGAACAUGGUUCCUUACUGGCAUUGUUAGCUGGGGGGAGGAAUGCGCCAAAAAAGGAAAGUAUGGCGUAUACACACGGGUAGGCAGCUACUACAAAUGGAUACAGUAUGUCAUGGGGAUCACCAAAAACAAGCCAGCUAAUGAUGUUGAGUUAUAAUUUGAAGAUUUUUUUCUCUUUAUAUUAACCCCAAACCCACCCCACCCCCCACCCCCAAAACAUAGCACAGUGGCUAUGUUGGCCUCACACCUCCAGAGUUGGGGAUCAAUACCCGCCUCCCCCAUGUGUGUGGAAUUUGCAUGUUCUCCCUGUGCACUGAGGGUUUUCUCCUCCAGUUCAAAGACGUGUGUUGUAGCUGUAGGCAUCUCUAAGUUGUUUGUAAUGUGUGAAUCAGUAUGGGAUUGCUCCCUCAUAUAGGGGUUUUGUUGGAGUUGUUGACAACUAAAUAUGAACGGUUUCUUAAAUUAAAUGCAGCUUUUAGACUUCUGCUACACCAAAAAAAAAAUCAUUCUUACCUUGAUAUAGACUGCAAAAAGAAUGAACAUUUAGCCAUCAAAUAGUGUCAUAUAUUUGAAUUAGUUACACUCUCCAUUUAGUUGUUCUUGAUGAUGACAGGGGAAAAAAUACAAAAACGUACUUAGUAUUUCUUCAAAGCAAGCAUAAAAACAGGACAGGAUUCUAAAUGCAUAUCAUGCAACACCCCUCCUCCUGUCUCCUCCCUUCCUGGACUGACAGAAAUCACUUGAUAAAUUCAUCUCACAGAGCCCAAAAAGCAAGCCGUGCUAUAGCUUUGAACUCACACACUUCAGAGGAAGAGAAGAAAUGCGGUAUGCUGCAAAUAUCUGACACUCAAAGCCUACUUUUUGAUUGUGUGUGCCUAAAAAGACUCAUGGCCCAGUUCUGAAAAACCGCUGGAUCUCCCCUAUCACAGAUCAAGGCUUUUCAACCAUUUCAGGGGCUUUUCAGAGAGAAAGAGAGGGGUGUGUGUGUUUGGGUGGUGGUGGGGUUGUGGGUCUGCAGAACUCUCCAAUUAAAACAGAAUUUCUAGAAAAUCUUUUAUUUAAACUCAUGUAAUACAACCGUCCACAUAUAAAAAUUCUCCAUAAGUGCUACAGUUGCUACCUUUACAGUAUAGUGCAUACAGUACUUAUUUACAGAAAUUAAAGCUCUUCAUCAGUCAUAUUAAACUGGAAAUAACAAUGUGCAGUGUCCAUAUCACAGAGAUGCUACAGUUUUUCUGGGGCCUGGCAUAACAUUCUGAGCUGUAAAGUAAGUAACUUACGAGCAAAAUAAAUAAAUUAGCACCGUAAAGAAAUGUGCACUUUGGAGUUGGUCCUGCUGCUCCACCAAACUCAUUUCCACUUCAAACACCGACAUAUCAAAGCCAGCCCUCCAACUGGGGGCUUGAUUUGAUGUGGUAAAUUCAUAUAAGUCCACAAUCAAUAUUUAAUUAUGCGCUGAACCCAGUAGGCACAUUUCAUGACUGCGGUAAAACCUUCUCUAAUAGGAAGCAAAGAUGUAUUAAAUAAAAAAAAGUGAGCAUGUUUCAA